GAAUAUUGACACACAAACUGCAACAUUUCCGCCCGACCGACAAAUGUUCGGGAAAUGACGUCAGUGCAGACAAUAACAUGGCGUCUACGAUCGCAGUGGAGGCUAUAGACAAACAACAUUUAGGGAUUGACUCUAAAUAACACAAGUUUAUUGUGACCUAAAGACGUCAAUGGGCAGCAUAUCUCCGUCGAUAAUGAGACAUCAUAUUUAAUUUCUCUGGACUUUGUCUAACACCAGCACUCCAUGUCCGAAGGACCGCGGGCUCCCUGGUCGAAGCGGGGUUGCGUGGAGUCGCAUCGCCGAGAGCAGGGCAAGUACAAGCAGAGGAAAUGUGAACGUCCCUUCAGCGCAGCGAAGCCGAAAGUUGGCCAGGAGGCCUCUAAAAGGUGAAUAUCUUCAGAAUUAAAUUUCCUACGGACACAAGAGGUACUGUCCUCUGAUUGGCUCGGACACCCCCCUGUGACAUGCCCGUGGCCAAUCAGAGGUGCCUAAUGGCGGGGGAUGUGGAGGUGUACCUUUCCCAAGUGCAUGAUGGCAGCGUGUCGUCAGGCUUCAGAGCCUUGUAUGAGGAGCGACUGCUGCUCGAUGUCACUCUGCUCAUCGAGGAGCACCACUUCAAGGCGCACAAAGCUCUGUUAGCAACGCAAAGCGACUAUUUCCGGGUCAUGUUCACGGCCGACAUGCGGGAACGUGACCAGGAUAAGAUUCACAUGAAGGGGUUGACGGCAGCUGGGUUUGGUCACGUCCUUCGCUUCAUGUACUACGGCUCUUUGGAGUUGAGCAUGCUCACGGUGCAGGAGAUCCUGCAGGCUGCCAUGUACGUGCAACUCACCGAGGCUGUAGAGUUCUGCUGCUCCUUCCUGCUGGCCAAGAUCUGCUUGGAGAACUGUGCUGAGGUCAUGCGCUUGCUGGAAGACUUCAGCGUUGGCGUGGAAGGCGUGCAGGAGCAGCUUGAUGCAUUUCUGCUGGAGAACUUUGUGCCUUUGAUGGCACGACCAGACUUCCUGUCUUAUCUGAGUUUGGAGAAGUUGAUGGCAUAUCUGAAUAGUGACCAGCUAAGCCGAUUUCCGGAAAUUGAGCUUUAUGAGGCAGUGCAGGCCUGGCUGAGACAUGACCGGCGGCGCUGGAGACAUACGGAUGCAGUCGUGCAGAACCUGCGCUUUUGCCUCAUGACUCCUGCCAAUAUCUUUGAGAAGGUGAAGACAUCAGAGUUCUACCGUUAUUCGCGCCAACUGAGACUAGAAGUAGACCAGGCGCUCAGCUACUUCCAUCAAGUGAAUGAACAACCGCUGGCGGAAACCAAGUCCAACCGCAUCAGAUCUGUGAGACCCCAGACUGCUGUAUUCCGUGGAAUGAUUGGCCACAGCAUGGUCAAUAGCAAGAUCCUCCUCCUGCAUCGGCCCAAAGUGUGGUGGGAAUUAGAAGGCCCACAGGUGCCGCUCCGCCCCGAUUGCCUGGCCAUCGUCAACAACUUUGCUUUCCUGUUGGGUGGUGAAGAACUAGGCCCGGAUGGAGAAUUCCAUGCUUCUUCGAAGGUCUACCGCUACGAUCCCAGACAGAACUCCUGGCUACGCAUGGCUGACAUGUCCGUUCCCAGAUCGGAGUUUGCUGUCGGCGUCAUCGGGAAGUAUAUUUAUGCUGUGGCAGGCCGCACUCGCGAUGAGACGUUCUAUUCUACAGAGCGUUAUGACAUUGUCGAGGACAAGUGGGAGUUUGUAGACCCGUAUCCUGUAAACAAGUACGGUCACGAAGGUACAGUGCUCAACGGGAAGUUGUAUAUCACUGGCGGCAUCACCUCCUCUUCCACCUCAAAACAAGUGUGCGUUUUUGACCCUGGACGGGAAGGAACUUCCGAACACCGUAUGCGGCGCACGCCUAUCCUCACUAACUGCUGGGAGAACAAGUCAAAAAUGAACUACGCUCGUUGCUUCCAUAAGAUGAUCUCCCACAAUGGGAAGCUGUACGUGUUCGGCGGGGUGUGUGUGAUACUGCGUGCCUCUUUCGAGUCCCAGGGCUGCCCUUCGACGGAAGUGUACGACCCAGAGACCGAUGAGUGGACUAUUUUGGCCUCUAUGCCUAUAGGACGCAGUGGACACGGAGUGGCAGUGUUGGACAAACAGAUCAUGGUGCUUGGAGGACUUUGCUACAACGGUCAUUACAGCGACUCUAUCCUCACAUUUGACCCUGAGGAGAACAAAUGGAAAGAGGACGAGUAUCCCAGGAUGCCUUGCAAACUGGACGGACUGCAAGUGUGUAGUUUGCACUUCCCAGAAUACGUUUUGGAACAUGUGAGACGCUGCAGCUGAGUAUUUGUAACUACUUAGGACAGUUCAGGAGACACGUUUACAGGUGUGACAAGUAAUACUAAAACUAUUGAAGCUUUUAAACUGUAGGCCAGUGCUUCUUUAAGAAGAAAAAUUCUUUUUAGGCUUAAAUUGUAGAAGGAAAGUUUGUUAUUUGGUCUGAGCAUUGGCGUAAAAACAAAUACAGACGACCUUUUUACUCAUACGUCUGAUUCAUUGCACUGUAAUCAUCCUGUAGAGCACAUAAUACUCUUCAUGUUUCGCCACAUUGUCCUCUCUGUGACAUUCUUCUAUAUCCCUUCAUUCUCUUCACAGGAAGUCAUGUUUUAUGCGUCCAUAUUUCCAUGAAAAGGAGACUAAAUUAAGUAGAGGAGCUCAUGAAAAAAGUUAAAAAGUUCCCUGUUUUUUUUUCUUUCACAUUUACUAAUCUAAGAAUGCAUUUGUGCUGAUACUAGUGAUGUUGUAGUGGAUAAUGACUGGAAUGAUUGUAAUAUUGACGAUGAUGUUGACAAGCAUUGCACUCGUAUAAGGGCGUAUAUUACUGCUCUACAAUAACACCGGUCCUCCACUGCUGACUGCAAAGGGAGAAAAGGGGACGGCAGAGAUUAGGGGACACAUAGUUCCUGCUUCUCCAAACUUUAUUAGUUGUGCUUAUGCUUAUUUUUAACUUAUUUAUUAAAAUGGCAGAGCCUCGCCUUGAUCCGAUCUUGCUCCGAUCUGUGUGUCUCUCAUUUUGUUUCACCAGCAAAGGGCUAAAGCACAUAUGCAUCUUAUGUUUAAUGUCUAAUGAAACACUAACGGCAGUUCUAUGAGUUUAGAUGUCCACUAUAUAUUAAAAUCAGUUGUAGUUAAAGGGGUAGUAAACCCAUUAUUCAUCAAUUUCUCACCCUUAUGUCAUCCCAAGCCAGUUUGAGUGAAGAUAUUUUUAAAAUGUAUGUUUUUUUUGUCUGUGCAAUGACAGUCAAUGGGGUCCAAACAAAAGUUAUUUUGGACCCCAUUGACUUUCAAUGUGUGGACAACAUACAAACAUCAUCUUUUGUGUUAAUCAUUUGGAAUGACAUGAGGGUGAGUCUAAAUCUUAAUUUUUGAGUAAAAGAUCCCUUUAAGCCAGAUCUUGAAGGUGUUUAGCACUAUGUAAUUUCCUGUUAUGGACUUCACAUGUGAUGCUAUGUGUUCUUCAGAGUUCUGGUUUGUUUGUAUUUCCUCAAACUCUAACUUUGAGCUUUUGUCUCUUUUGUUUGACAUUUCUCAUCCGAAAUUCAUGUUAAUUUCAUGUACAUAUAAAUGCCAAACUGGUCUGUAAGGGUCAAGUUGUAAUAAUCAGACACAGCAAAAGAUUUUAACCUUGUCUUGUUAUCCUUUAGCAGAAUAACAGACAGUUAUUCCCCUAUUAUAAUAAUAAUCCAUAGCCCUGUACCUUGUUCUUGAGAGAAGUAUAAUCAAAUUGCGAACUUGUUUACUAGAAUCUGGUGGAUCACUGGUAUUUGAAGACUUUGUAAUUAAUUUCCAGAAAUAAAUGUUCAUACUGUCCA